CCGAAGUCGAAUACGGAAGGAUGAUAAUGUGACGUAAUGUAAUUACAUUUUAAUGUAUGAGCUAAAAAUGGAGUAGUGUUAUGCUUAUACAUUUUUGUUACGGUAUUUUGUUUGCAGUUUUGAGGGAAAUUUUCAUAUUCUACAAUCGUCAGUUUCAGAUGCAGACUGAUGGCAUGGAACACUACACUUCAAAAGAUGACUUUUGCAUUAUUUGUGUUUUGUUUUAUUUUGAAUGGAAUAGUAAUCCGUAUACCUAUCUUAAAAUGGAGCAGGUCCCUGGAAUAUUUAGUCAGCAUUUUUAAAAAGGACACUAUCCUUGCCAAAUAUAUGAUAAACAACAAGCAUCGUAAAUUUAUAUGGGAUUUAUACUCAGAUGCUUUUGAAACAUCUGUUGUAUAUGAUUACGUCAUUUUUACGUCAUUUGUGCCAUCAGCAAAAAGGUUUGUUGUUCAUAACAAUACAAAACGAAACUGGCCUUCCCUUGGUAGAAACGUGAAAUCAGUAUUAUUCACAAACAGUCCUCAGUUAGAAGAAGAGUUUACAGAAGCGGGUUGGGAUGUUUUGCCUGUAGAAUACGUUUCCCAAUCAGGUACACCCAUCCUUAAGUUCAUGUACAUGGCAGUGACCAAACGUUAUAAUGCUUCGUUCAUAGGAUUUGCAAACUCUGAUAUUUUAUUUACAAAUGAAUUAACGGAAAACCUUCAAUUUCUUAAAAACAACUCCAGGUUUAACUAUACACAUACCAUGGCUACAGGAAGAAGGACAGAUGUUGCAAAUGUAAGCACAGAAGAAGCUGGAUCGUUUAAGUCCUUAAUCCAUGUAUCGAAAAAGCGAGGGAUUCUCUUCCGUUCAGAUGCUGAGGACUAUUUUUUCACUGACCCAUCUUAUCCAUGGGACGUUUUACCUGAUCUGGUGAUAGGUCGGGUGGCAUAUGAUAACUUUUUAUUGUUGCAUGCAAGAAUGUUAAAUUUUAGUACUAUCGACUUUUCUAAAACUGUUCGUGCUAUUCAUCAAGUCGUAGAUAAAGGUCAUAUGGAAGAAAAAUGGAAAACAACAAAUAAGGAACAAAAUUACAAUAAAAUCCUUAUAAAAAGCAAGUUCCGAGAUGUAAAUUAUUAUGCAGGUCUCACAAGUUGUUUGAGGUUUGAAACACAACGAAAAACAAAUGAAACUGUUUUACACAGGAGGCAAAAACUCCAUAAAAUUUGUUCAUUGCACACCACAGGCAUUCUCCCGAAGCGUUCAAAAGGCUAAAGUAACCAAUGUUUCAAAUCUAUUUGUGAAUAUUAAAAUUUGUUAAUCAACAAAGUAAAUUAUUGCUUAAAUGCCCAGAUUUGACUAAAAUACAAACAGCGCCUUUUACAGUCAACAGGGCUAACGGCGGUCCUUUAUGAAUAAAACCAGUUAUUACGAAACGACUCAAAAUGCAUGAUGUUUUCAUGGACCACUUUACUCGAAUCUAUAAUCAUUUGUCGAAUAAAAAUAACUUCAGAAAUGUUUUUAUAUUUAUUUCGCAUUCAGCUCUUUCAUGUCCAGUAUUUUAAAUAUCACCUGUUGAGAAAAACAGCUUAUCCCUGGAUUAAGUAUAAUCUUUACCAGUUAUGUCAAUAAAUUUCCUUGGAUUUGAGGAUAUAUAUUCACAAGUUUACAUGAGAAGUUUGAAUGUAAAAAUAUACUGUGAAUUGUAGUUAUUACUACUUUCAACUAUCUAAUGUAAAUGAAGCUAUUUGUUUGAUAUUAAAUGUUUGAAAAAGUCAUAAGAA